AUGGUUGGGAAGGGGGUUAUCCCGCUGCACAAGGAGCGCCAGGCCGGGGCGGAGUGCGGGCUCGCGCGGCAAGUGAGCGCCGAGGUCACGAAAUGGAUUCCAGUGAACAGGAGACCCAGAAAACGGAAACGAAGGGAGAACGAAGAGGUGUUUGAAAAGACCGCUCUGCAUCUGGCCUGUGCCAAUGGCCAUGCAGAAGUGGUAACUCUCCUGGUAGAGAGAAAGUGCCAGCUGAACGUCUAUGACAGUGAACAAAGGACAGCUCUGAUGAAGGCUAUACAAUGCAAGGAAGAGGAAUGUGCAACCAUUCUGCUACAACAUGGUGCUGACCCAGAUAUUAUGGAUGCCAGUGGCAACACGGCUCUCCACUAUGCUGUCUGUGCUCAGCAUAUACCAAUAGCAGCCAAACUGCUUUCAUACAAUGCAAAUAUUGAGGCAAGAAACGAGGAUGGCUUCACACCACUUUUACUUGCUGUAGAUGAAAACAAACAGCAAAUGGUGGAAUUUUUAGUAAAUAAAGAAGCAAAUAUACAUGCAGUUGAUAAGACAAAAAGCAGUCACAAACUGAUUUCUGAGUAUAAAGAAAAAAAGCUACCUGUGAGUUCCUCUCAAAAUAAUAAUCCAGGAGAGGAAGAGCAUUCUGAAGAAGACUCUUUAAGCAGGCUUUCCAACAAACCUGGCAUUGAUGAUUCAUGUCCUACAUCAGAUGAUAAAGACUUCGAUUUUGAUCCCAAGACUCUCCCCAAACCAAGCUUAACAAAGCUAAUGACUGCUCCUCAGCAAUUCAGGAAAAACAUAGAAGAAUAUCGUAGCAUUGUGAGACCACAAAAUAGAACCUUGUUGGAGGACAGUAGUUCUUAUAGUGCACGUGAAGAAGAUGUGGUUGAAACUCUCCAAAAGUUGCCAGUCAGAGUCCAGGGCCUCCCUCAUGCUGCCUUUCCAUCACCUGACCCUCUUCUAAAACCUCCCCUCGAGUCUUCAGCAGUCCCUGGUGCUACAAAGGAAGGAAUAACAAAACCAGCAAUUAUAGAAAAAGGAGCCUGUGUUGGUAUUACUGAAAGUGCUCCAAGAGAAUGCGGGGACUGA